AUGAAGGUGUUUCAUCAUGGUUGGAUGAACUUUGAAGGUAUCAUUCGGGACGGAAGAAAGCGCCGGCAUCGACUAUCGUCGUUCGCGGGAACCACGAGGCGUCAUUUCUGGGAAUUGUACCACGACGGCUGGCUCGCACUCAACAUCUACCUCCUAGGCCACGCAUGGUGCAGUCAAGUGAAUGGGACUCAGAUUGCAGGGAUGUCGGGGAUAUAUAAAGCAGGUGAAUAUCGACUCGAGUACUACGAACGCCUCCCAUACGACCAACCCUCCAUCCGGAGCAUAUACCCCACUAGGCAAUACAACGACUGGCUCCAACCAAUCGAACCCCACGGAAACCUCAAAGUUCUACUCAAACUUAGACCUGGAUUCGGCGCCUCCGUUGACGCGGACACGUUGGGGUCUCCGCCGUUGAUGAUACUGCUAAAGACCCUCAUACCGAAAUGGUGGUUCACGGGACAUAUGCAUGAGAGGUUUGAGGCAAAGGUGAAGCGGAGGGGACGCAUAGGGGGCAGAGGGGAAGCAGAGUCAGAAGCGCUGGAUAAAUGUCUCCCGGGGCGCGACUUCCUCGAGGUAAUCGACUUCAACCCCCCCACGUCCUCCCCCUGCUUUUCAGUACAAUUAACAUUCGACCCCGAAUGGCUCGCAAUCACACGCGCGACCCAUCACUCGAGCACGCGCAGCAUGUGCCUUUCCAGAGAGGCGAAGGCUGAGAGGACGGGUGCGUGA